UCUAGGUCAUUCUCUUCUUCCAUGGCGGCGGCUUGCGCCCAGAAUGCUGGUGCAGCGCAAUGCCAGGGAUUUUCGCGAUUGUCGCCGCUGGGAAGGAGAUGUAGCUCUGGAUCUAGGGUGUUCUUGUCGCAGCGUGGAUCCAGAUUGAAAGCCGUGGCUCUGGCGCACGCUGUUGUCCAGGAGCGAUCGCGUUUGGAAUCGAUGCGCUCUUCUUCGUCGCUCCAGCAGCGAACGCUCGAUUUCGUUAAGUAUCAUGGCCUGGGAAACGAUUUCAUAUUGGUCGACAAUCGUGAUUCCUCGGCUCCAAAAGUUUCUCCGGAGGAUGCGAUCAAGCUCUGCGAUCGAAACUUUGGUGUGGGAGGCGAUGGUGUCAUCUUUGCUAUGCCGGGAACCCAAGGCUGCGACUACUCCAUGCGAAUCUACAACUCCGACGGCAGUGAGCCAGAGAUGUGUGGAAAUGGGAUUCGUUGCAUGGCUCGUUUCGUGGCACGGCUGGAAGGAACUCUAGAACCUCGAAGCUACAAGAUACACACUCUUGCUGGAACAAUUAUUCCCGAGCUUCGUCCUGAUGGACAGGUUGCAGUGGAUAUGGGACCUCCUACGCUGAAAGGUGCCGAGGUUCCCACAAAGCUUCCGGUUAAUGCCGAUGGCGCAGUAGUGAAGCAACCGCUGGUUGUGGAUGGAAGAACCUGGCUCGUCACUUGCGUGAGCAUGGGUAAUCCACACUGUGUGACAUUUGGGGAGCAAGAUGCUAAAGGGGAUCUCGAGGUGAAUAAGCUGCCCUUGGAGAAGAUUGGACCUCUUUUCGAGCACCAUGAGGUUUUUCCUGCAAGAACAAAUACUGAGUUUAUCCAAGUGUUGUCCGAUACUCACCUCAGGAUGAGAGUGUGGGAGAGAGGCGCAGGUCCGACCUUGGCCUGUGGAACUGGAGCUUGCGCUGUCGUAGUAGCGGCAGUCUUGGAAGGACGAGCACAAAGGAGAUGCGUUGUCGAUCUUCCGGGUGGUCCACUGGAGAUAGAGUGGAAAGAAGCAAACAACCACGUCUAUAUGACCGGACCUGCGAAACCAGUGUUCUCGGGAAUCGCUUAUCUGGAUUAAACAAUCGCCAUACGUACCUCUCGACUAAAAAAUCCUCCUACGAGUCAAGCAGCAACAAUCUCUCGGGCCAGCCACUGCAUGCCCGGAUACGAGAAGUAGAGCACCAGGUAGCAAGGCACCGC